CAAUUCAUAACAGCACCAACAAAUUCACGCCACUGCGUAUUAAAGGUUAGACAAUAGCAGAUAAGAACAAGAAAUAGAUAAAAAUUCACGAUCAAAGUUUGAUGUUAAUCAAUGCUCCAGACACAACAGCCCAAAGUUUACAAGUGAUUCAGAGAUUCUACUGCAUGAAAAAAUGUCAAAUUCUAGCACCGUAACACGUCUAUUUUUGCGCGUGAAAGAAACGUGCACACUUACACUUAUCAUACAUUAUUGCAUCUUCGAAGCACUCGAGGAGUGUGACACGCUAUCAAAGGAUAAAAAGUCCUAAAUUAUCCCCGCAUCCGACCUUCUGCCUUGGUUCUUAUCACAGAAACAGGGGCACAACAUUGUGUGCAGCAGUAAUUUCGCAUCUUAUCUGCUCAUUUGAACUGCAGUGAAAAUCUGCAGGGCGCUCGAAAGCCGCGACAUUCGCUCGCCGCCUGACCGCAUCCAAUGGAAGUCUGGCUGCUGAUCGCGGCGGCCACCUGCGUCGGCCUCGCCCUGGCCCGGCGUUGGAUCGCGUUCAACUGGCGCGCCAUCCUCUUCUACAUCUACACGUCCUUCUUCUCGCUGCUCGGCAUCCCCUACUUCCUGCUGCGCCCCUGUGAUUCAGUCAACUGCACGCAUUGGACACAAAUUCUGCGCUUGUGCUCGUAUCUGGUGGGCAUCAAAUGGGAAGUACGGGGCAUGAAGAUAAUGAGCCAGCGGCGCGGGUGCGUGGUUGUGGCCAACCACCAGAGCUCGUUCGACGUCCUGGGCAUGUUCUGGUUCUGGCCGUGGUCGUACCGAAUCGCCGCCGUGGCCAAGAAGGAGAUCUUCUACGCGUGGCCGUUCGGCCUGGCCGCCUGGCUGGCCGGCGUCGUCUUCAUCGACCGCAUCAACUCGGAGCGGGCCCGCGGACAGCUGGCCCACGCGGCCCGCCUCAUGGCCAAGGACAACGUCAAGCUGUGGCUCUUCCCCGAGGGCACGCGCAACAAGCGCCGCUGCCUGAUGCCGUUCAAGAAGGGCGCCUUCCACGUCGCCAUCGCCUGCCAGGCGCCCAUCAUGCCAGUCGUCUACUCGCCCUACUACUUCAUCAACCCCCACAACAAAUACCACACUGGCGGUAAAGUGGUCAUAACUGUGUUACCUUACAUCGAAACCAAAGGUCUGACGCUGGAUGAUGUUGAAGACUUGAUGAACCGAGUGAAAAGUGAAAUGGAGAAAGUCUACUUUAAAGUAGCUGAAGAACUAAAGGCUGAACUUCCUCCUGACCAUCCUGGAUUGGUCGGAUUUGAAGAUUAAAACUUUAAAUAGGGUUAGGUUAUUUUUAAAUGUCUCGAUAUAUGAUACUAAACAAAUAAUCAAAUG